AAACUUUGCUAUUCAGAGAUUACAAUAUCAAAGAAAAUAAAACGCCAUCAUAGCCGCUUUAACUUAAGUGUUAGAGUUAUAAACGCAUUUUGGGUGUGACUCGGAGCAGAAUUAUUUCAAACAGCCCCGGCUUGAUUGAAUCCAGACAGAACUAGAUUUUGUUGCGGAAUAGCACCAAAUCCUCCGCACAACACACUACCGGUGCUCAGUCCGCUGCUUAGCUCGAGCCAAGCCGACCGAGUGCGCUAAAACUGGGGUGCUUGACCUCGAGAUGCUCCUGCGUGGCGUUUAAUAAACAACAACGAUUGGUUUAAAUAGAUAACGCAUUCGUUUUUGCUGUUUGGACUUCAGAGGGUCAAUUGUUUUGGCAUUUUCCUCAAACCCGCGGACUUUUCGACACUGGACGUACUUAAGUGAACUCAAGAUGUCAAUUUUGCCUUUCACUCCCCCCAUUGUCAAAAGACUUUUGGGCUGGAAGAAGGGAGAACAGAACGGCCAGGAGGAGAAGUGGUGCGAAAAAGCGGUAAAAAGUCUGGUGAAAAAGCUGAAGAAGACGGGGCAGUUGGAUGAAUUGGAGAAAGCAAUCACCACCCAGAAUAUCAACACAAAAUGCAUCACUAUACCAAGAUCUUUGGAUGGCCGUCUUCAGGUUUCCCACAGGAAAGGCCUGCCCCACGUCAUCUACUGCCGGCUGUGGCGCUGGCCCGACCUGCAGUCUCACCAUGAACUGCGGGCGGUGGAGCUGUGCGAGUAUGCCUUCCACACAAAGAAGGAUGAAGUGUGUGUCAACCCAUACCACUACCAGAGAGUAGAGACACCAGUCCUCCCUCCUGUGCUGGUGCCAAGACACACAGAAAUCCCCAGUGAGUUUCCACCUCUGGAUGACUACAGCCAUUCUAUCCCUGAAAACACCAACUUCCCUGCUGGCAUUGAGCCCCAGAGCAACUACAUACCAGAAACACCGCCACCCGGCUACCUCAGUGAGGAUGGAGAGACCAGCGAUCACCAGAUGACCCACAGCAUGGACACAAGCUCUCCAAACCUGUCACCUAACCCCGUUUCACCCACACACAGUAACUUAGACCUCCAGCCAGUGACAUACUGUGAGCCGGCCUUCUGGUGCUCAAUUUCAUACUAUGAGCUGAACCAGCGAGUAGGAGAGACCUUCCAUGCCUCACAGCCCUCACUUACAGUGGAUGGCUUUACAGACCCUUCCAACUCAGAGCGUUUCUGUCUUGGCCUGUUGUCCAAUGUCAACCGCAAUGCAGCAGUGGAGUUGACGCGCAGACAUAUUGGCCGUGGCGUGCGACUGUACUAUAUUGGAGGAGAGGUGUUUGCGGAGUGUCUGAGUGACAGUGCUAUCUUUGUCCAGAGCCCCAACUGUAAUCAGCGUUAUGGUUGGCACCCUGCCACAGUCUGCAAGAUCCCUCCAGGAUGUAACCUGAAGAUCUUCAACAACCAGGAGUUUGCUGCCCUGCUGGCCCAGUCAGUCAACCAGGGCUUUGAGGCUGUGUAUCAGCUUACCAGGAUGUGCACCAUCCGCAUGAGCUUUGUCAAAGGAUGGGGAGCUGAAUACAGGCGACAGACAGUGACCAGCACCCCCUGCUGGAUCGAGCUGCACCUGAACGGCCCGCUGCAGUGGCUCGACAAGGUGCUCACACAGAUGGGCUCCCCAAGCAUCCGCUGCUCCAGCGUCUCUUAGGAAGCUCCUCCAUGCACUGUUUUUUUGUGUACCACGUCCCCCAUCAGAGACUUUAAACACACACAAGAACAGCAACACAUGUACUGAAAGAUGAUGAGCCGCCUCUAAUUCAGCCGCUUUUUGUCCCUCCUCUGCACCAGCUGUCAGUAGCACUUUUUAUUUUGAUAUAUAUAUAUAUAUGUAUAUAUACAUAUAUAUAUAUAUAUACAUAUAUAUACACAUGUUGUUUGUUGCAAAAGGGGACAAGUGCAUUAAUGCAGUAUGUUAGGAUCACAACAUAUUGUCCAAACUUCUUUCGAUUGUAGUUUUUAUCUUUGGCAUGUAAGGACCAGAGAGUGAAUAGCAAUGGAAUUUCUUUUUUCAGUUAUCUUUGUCUUGUCUUGUUUUAUUUCCUCUUUCAUUUUAAUUUCUGUUCAUAAUUUUUACUCUUUUGUAAAGAUUUUAAAUUGAACAAUGGAUUUUUUUUUAAAAAAGAACAAAUUUUUAUGUAUUAGUUUCAAAACAUGUGAGGUCAUGUUAAAAGCAUUUCACUUGAUUUUGCGUCUGCAUUUGGGCAUUUGAUUGGUUAUGAAGACAUCUACAAAUCUAACACAGUGAGCUGGACUGAAAAUGAUUCCUAUAAUGGUAAAACGUCACUUGUAAACACUGUGUGAAGGAAUACCCUGCAAGUCUUGCAGUCUUUAGUUCAGCUUUUCAUUAUUGAUUUAUUCAGCCAACAAGCAAAUAACAUGAUAAAAUGCAUUUUAAACCUUAAACAGAAUCAAAUGACAAUGCGGAGGAUCAGUCAGACCUAAGAUUGAACUUGUUCCUCAUGCCGUGACUCAUCAUACAGUGAUUUGAACCGUCUGUCAGAAUACUGACAAAUCCGUUUCAUGCUGGAGGUUCCAGGAACGGCAGCCAGGAGAUACAAGUCUUGAAUACUUUACAUGAGUACUUAAGGACGGUGGAAUUAAUUAAAUGUCACCAGGUGAUGCACUCUUGUUAGAAGUUGAUAAUCCAGUAUAGUGAUGUUGACAAAGCACUUUAGAUGGCAGCUCUUAGCUGUAAUAGUGCUUGUCAGAGUUUGAUGUGAGCUACAUCCUGCAUUAAUUUCAGGAAGCUGCGCCAAUUUCCAAAAUACUUUUGCAGCAUUUUAAGCUGUAGUAUAAAAUAUAAUGUAUGCAUCUACACAGGACUUGAAACAUCUCAGCAUACUGCACUAUUUUGCAGACUUUUAAUUAAAUGACAAAUUUAUGUGAAUACUUGUGUGUGAUACGAAUGCUCUGCAGAAGGCUUUGAAGUGUGAAGACAGCAGGAAGUUCAUGUUUGCUGCAGUCCAUGACAUCAGUUUUAUUUUUAGCCAUACUGACUUUUCACACACUCAGGACCUGGAAAACAAAAAAAAAAAAGAAGGGGAAAAAGCUUAAAAUUGAAACCAGUGAAGAGGGCCGGUAAUGACUAUUGAGUCUAUUUUACUACCGAUUAUUUUUGUAGGAUAACUGUUCACAAUAUGCAUGGCAUGACAGAAAACACUGUUGGUGGGUAUGCUGAGGUGAAACUGUUUGAAAACCACAGCUUUUUACAAAGGGAAGUUUAGAUGAACAGUGGUGUGUAAAUAACAGUAGUGUCAAGCUGAUGUUUCCUUUUUAUUGUCAGAUCUAUGUACAUAUAGUACAUACAUGUGUAUUAAUUCGACCAUCAGCCUUUAUAAUGUUGAUGGUUUUGGAAGCAGAAAAACAAAAAAAUUUGAUGAAAAAAAAAAAAAUUCAAAAUUUGACUUAAUGUAUUGCUGAAUAAGAAAAGCAUAGUCGUAGCUUUGGUCCCAUUUCCUUUCAA